UCUGGGAAAAGUUCAAAUUCGACCUUGUCUCGGUAGCUGCAGUGUUUUAACACUUAACAGUACGCAAUGGCUACUUUAAAAGCAUAUGUUGAUGACCUAGAAAAAGAACUCACUUGUUCGAUAUGCCUAGGAAUUUUUGAAAACCCCAAAGCACUUCCUUGUCUUCACAGCUACUGUUCAAAAUGUAUCAAGGAUUGGUACGAGAAGUGCAAGUUUCGGGCAGUUGAGUUUACAUGUCCAAUGUGUAAAACAGAAGAAAUUGAUUUACCAGACGGCGAUGCUUCGAAGCUUCGUUCCUCUUUCUAUUUCGAUGCUCUUCUGCGACUUCUUCACGCGAUGAAAAGCAAUUCCGAUCAGGAGCAAAAGAGUUUACCCGAAUGUGCGAGUUGUGAAAAAUCUCAAGUUUUGGCGGCGUUUUGCCCAGAAUGUAACGGAUUGAUUUGUGAAGACUGCAUCGACUCGCAUAGGAAGAUAAAACAACUUCGAACAGACCACAACAUCAUGAUGCUGAAAGAGUUUAAGCAAGAAAACGUGGAUAAUUACAUCAAGAAUCAAAUGCUAUGCAAAGCGAAGUUUCAUGAGAAAAAAAGGCUUGAAUACUAUUGCAAAGAGAAGAACUGUAGACAGUGUAUUUGUCAAAAGUGUGCCACUUUAUAUCAUCAAAAUCAUUGCAUGUGCAGUUUAGAGGAAGCUUCUGAAGAAAUUAAAACAGCCAUGGAACAAGACAAGAAUCGACUCCAUCAGUUGACCGACAAAUACAAAGAAGAGUUAGAACAAUCCAAGCAAAAUAUGCAAAGGAUACAAAAUGAAAUUGAGUCAGCAAAGCGAGACGUCCAUAAUACCGUAGACGCUUUGAUCCAGACACUAAAACAACAUGAGAUUAAAACGAUUGAAACCUUAGAUAAAGUCUUACUUGAAAAAACAUUGGAAAUCAAAGAAGAGCAAACUGAUUUAACCAACGGGAUUGACCACUUAGAUGAAUAUAAGCAGUACUGCCAAUUAGUACAGGAGAGGAAUGUUGCAUGUGAGAUUCUUGAGAAUGAGGAAGCUAUAAAGCAAAGAGGUCAGGCUUUGUUAGACACGCUUACAGCUUUGCUUAGCAAGUCAAUUCACCGUAACGAGACAUACAAAUAUACAGCUAAUCAAGAUGUUUUGGAGUCCUUGCAAAACGUCGGGAACUUCAAAAAACAUGUUACAGAUCCUUUAAGAUGUACAAUCGAGGGAUUGAAGGACGUUCGAUGUGGAUUUGAACACGAGUUUUAUAUUGUCACAAGAAAUGCUGAAGGAGAAUUGUGUUACGCAAGAGAAGAGUCUUUUGAUAUAAUGAUUACAGACGUCGAGGGCAACGAGGUAGAAAAGAAAGUCGUUAGCAGGCAAGCAGGGAAAUUUUGCCUAAGUUAUAAAGCAAAAAGACCUGGACUCCAUGAAAUCCAGGUCAAUAUUGGAGGUGAUCCGAUAAAGAACUCGCCACAGAAGGUAAACUCACUCGAUGCAAAAAAAGAGUUUGAACUUGUGAAAAUGUUUGGAGAAAAAGGAGCUGGUAAAGGUCAGCUUGACAAACCUACAACUAUAUCUCUCAGUGAUAAAGGCGAGAUUGCAAUUGCAGAAUGCAACAAUCAUCGAGUGCAGAUAUUCAAUCUCGAGGGAAAACAUCUACGAGAUUUUUCCCUAGGAGAAAGUGCAUUGUUUAAGCCUUUUGGUGCUGUUUUCAACGAAGACAAAAUCAUUGUCAUCGACCAGCCCGAUAAUCAUGGUAGGAUCCAAGUAUUCGAUUUGAAUGGUACUUUUGUAAAAACAAUUUAUAGACCUGUCGGGUGGUUUCGCCCUGGCGCAAUGUGCACUACAGAUGAAAAUAACAUCGCAGUUACGUGUUGGGGAAAUGAUGAACUUGGCAUCAAAUCCAGCGUCAAGAUUUUCACCAAUCAAGGGGAAAAGGUUUUUGAAUUCCCAGCCAGUCUUGGCAAAGAUGAGAAGCCUAGCUACAUUGCUUAUCGUGAUGGCAAGUAUUUCAUUUCUUAUUUUGAGAAAGACUUUAUUGCCGUUUUUGACAAGAAUGGAAAGUUUUUGUGCAAAUUUGGCAAAAAGGGCAAGAAGGAUGGUCAGUUUAAUGGGAUUGGAGGCUUGGGAAUCUUUGGCCCGGACAUGAUUCUUGUCUGCGACGUGAAACACCACCGUGUACAGUUGCUAACUCAAGAUGGAAUAUUCAUAAGAUCAUUUGGUGGGUUGGAUGUUGGAACACGAAGCCCUGCUGAUGUUGUUGUUACAGCUCAUGGUCAGGUCUUUGUGUUGGAAUGCAUUGGUAAUCGAGUUCAAGUUUGGUCCUAACACGUUACCUACCGUGACUUUAUUUAACCAACCAAGGCUAUUGUUUAUUCUCUCGUUUUCUCACACAACUCUGAAGAUGACUUCCACUCAAGUUGUCGAAACGUCAGUCACCACCAACAACAGUCUUUCUCAAGACUACACUCACCGGGAUGAUCACACUUCACAACAAACCUCGACACCUGGGUUCAAACCAUUUACUCUCAAUGCUACUGCGUUAUUAGCCUAUCUUACAUGUGAGUAUUUGAAGACAAUUUUAUUUUAAUACUGAAGUAGUAACAGUGGCGGAUCAAGGAUUUUUCAAAGGGGGGUUCCGUUUCUUAAACUGUGUAUAAUUCUCUUUUGUUUAGUCGAAUUCUGACAAAAAAUUGGCUCUAAUCACCUAAUUUACUAUCUUUU